GACCCACCUUCAAUGUUACCAAUCGAGAUUUGGUACUUAAUUCUGUAAGAGGCGAUUUCGGCUCCCGAAUUUCUGGAUCCAAACUACUGGGUGGACCGAUUUCCGCCUCGGGUCAUCAUGGAGCGGUGGUUGGCCGACAAGAUAAUAUACAACAAGGCGGAAUGUACCCGAAAGUCUCUUCAAAAGGUUUGCAGAUCCUGGGAUGA